AUGGAAAGUGAGAAGCAACAACACAAUGUGAUCAUUGUAGGAAGUGGUCCAUCGGGGCUAGCAAUGGCGGCAUGUUUAAACCUUCUCUCGAUUCCUAACCUAAUUUUGGAGAAAGAAGACUGUUUAGCGCCGUUGUGGCAUAAUAAAUGUUACGACCGCCUCAAACUCCACCUUGAGAAACGAUUCUGCGAGCUUCCUCAUAUGCCAUUCCCGAAAUCCUACCCUUCUUAUGUUUCUAGAAAAGAUUUUCUUAAGUACUUAGAUGACUACGUUAAUCACUUCAAAAUUACUCCAAAGUACUGUAGAGUCGUAGAGUCGGCAGUCUAUGACGAAAUGAGCAAGAAAUGGAACAUCAUGGCUAGAAACAUAGUCAACUCAGAUAUGAACCAUGUCGAAGAAUAUAGUUGUAGUGUUUUGGUGGUGGCCACAGGAGAAACGGGUGAUGAGUUCAUUCCGACAAUCGAAGGACUAGGAACAUUCACGGGAGAAGUCAUUCACUCCACACAAUUCAAAUCCGGCAAGAGAUAUACAGAUAAGAAUGUGUUGGUUGUGGGAUCUGGAAAUUCCGGCAUGGAAAUUGCUCUUGAUCUCGCUAAUCAUGGUGUCAAGACUUCCAUUGUCAUCAGAAGCGAUAUUCAUAUAUUAUCAAGUAAAAUGGCAGAGGUGGGAUUGUAUCUGCUUAAAUACAUCCCAUUAUAUUGGGUGGACUCUCUCCUUGUCAUCAUGAGCAAGCUAAGAUAUGGAACUAAAGAUCUAAUCAAACAUGGCAUUAAUAGGCCUAAAGAAGGACCUUUUCUAAUGAAGGACAAAUAUCGUAAAUACCCUGUCAUUGAUGUUGGCACCUUUAACAAGAUCAUAUCAGGUCAAAUUCAGGUUUUUCCAGCAGUGGUAGACAUCACAGAGAACAAAGUAUUAUUUGAAAACGGAUUAUUAUACCCGUUCGACGUCAUUGUUUUCGCUACCGGAUUUAAGAAAUCUUCGACCAAAUGGAUUAAGGGAGUUGACGAGAAUGACCCUCCAAAACAAAAUUUGCCAAAACACUGGAAGGGCAAAAAUGGACUUUACUAUAUUGGGUUUUCAAGGAAGGGCUUAUUUGGAAAUGCAAUGGAUGCAAUAAGCAUAACCGAAGACAUCAAGGCCCAUAUAUAG